AUGCCGCCGGCGCCGUCGGCCCCCGCGGUCGCCGCGGAGGACGACGACCGCGGCGGCGGCGGCGGGUGCGAGUGCCACUGCGUCGAGACGUGCGCCGUCGGCGUCGUUCUCGCUCGAUUCGGCUGCGCGCCCAGCGCGAUGGGCUCCGCGUUCGCCUUCUACCCUCCGAACCCGCCCACGUACGGCGUCCACGACGGCGUCGGGUUCGCGCACGGACGCAAGGUGGCGACGUACGACGACCCGCGCGUUCAGCGCGCGUGGGGGGGGGUGUUCAACGCGUUCGAGGUGGACCUCGUGCGCCGCGCGUCGUCGUCGAAGGGAUCGGAUGAGGACGAGAUGGCGAACGUCGCCGUCGUCUCUCGAGGCGUCGCCCCGGACGCGCGGUGCGUCCUGAUCCUCGCGCACGGCAACGCGCUCGACCUCGGCACGGCGGCGCCGUUCGCGCUGGAGAUGCACGACGCCCUCGACGUCGGCGUCGUCGCGUUCGAUUACACCGGGUACGGGCCAAACGUCCGCGGCGACGCGUCCGGGUGGGCCGGGUCCGACGACGGCGACGUCGACGCGACGGAGAAGCGCGCGAGAGCGUCCGCGGCGAAGUGGAAGCCGUCGAUCGAGGCCGCGAAGGCGGACUUGAUCGCGGUCGUGGACUGGGUCGUGACGGCGCGACGCGUGCGCCCCGAGCGCGUCGUCGUCGUCGGGCAAUCCGUCGGCAGCGGCCCCGCGGUGGCGUACGCGGCGGCGGCGGCGGGUGAAAAAAAACGGCAGAAGGGAUCAGGCGCGUUCUAUCUCACACUGGUCCCCAUACGACCGCGUUGGCGAGAAGGGCGUUACCGACAUCAUCCCAUCGGCGGGUUGGUCCUCGUGAGCCCGUUGCUGUCGGGGCUGCGCGUCAUCGCGCCGUACGGGGGCUGGUGCGCGCCGCACCAGGUGUGCGCGCCGUGCGACGUGUUUCGAAACGAUCGCCUCGCGAGCGAGAUCGCGUGUCCCACGUUGGUCGUGCACGGCGAGAGGGACGAGACGAUCGCGGCGUCGCACGGGCGCGGGCUGCACGCGCGACUCGUGGGGAGCGCCGUUAACGACGAUUUCGCGGCGCCGCUGUGGGUGCCGACGGCGGGGCACGACGACGUCGUGGACUUGGACCGCUCCAGCGCGUUCGUGGCGCGGGUGCGCGGGUUCGUCGACGCCGUGGCGCGGAGGGCGAACAGAAAGAGCGACGGCGGCGGGGGCGGGGGGGGGAAGGGGAAGGGAACGGAGGAGCAGAUGACCGCGGUGGCGCCGUCGCGGCAGCGGAUGGCGAAGCCGACGCCGCCGGCGCCGAGAAGGGACGGAGGACUUUUGCCGGCGUAUCUCUCCGCCCACCCCCCGCUUUCAAUCCCCACCCUCGGCGCCUUUCAACGCCACCUGACGCCUUUGAACUCCACCCCGACUUUCGCUUGUAUGGAACGGCCCGGAGGCGCGCCGGUGAGGGUCGCCCCCGCGCCGCCCGACGCGAGCGCGUAG